CAUAUCAUUGUACUGACUAUAUAAAUCCUUGAAACAUAAAUUUCGAUUUGUGAUUAUUUAUUUGCAUAUAGUAUGAAAAUAAACGAUCGGAAAAUGGCAAAUUCAAUAGAAGAGAAAAUCGAUCAAAAACUGAAAGAUGCUUUUAUGCAAGUAAGAUCGGGAAUGGUUAUGAUUAGUGAUGGAAAAAAUAAACCUGAAAUUGCACGAUUGCUUCUUACAAUGGAAGUUAUUAAACUUCAACGUCCCGAACAAGUGUUUGCAUCAAGCUCACCCGCAAAUGUCUUGCUCAAUAAUCAACUUAAUUUACCGCCAUCAGAAUCAAAACAGCGAAUGGUCCAAAUAACACGUCAAAUGGAAGGAGGUUUAGGUCUUUCCAUUAAAGGCGGAGCAGAACAUAAAUUGCCGAUUCUUAUAUCACGAAUCUAUAAAAAUCAACCUGCAGAUCGUACAGGCCAACUUUUUGUCGGAGAUGCUAUUAUAAAAGUUAAUGGAGAAUUCAUAACUGCUUGCAAUCACGAUGAUGCUGUAAAUAUUCUUCGUAAUGCUGGUGAUAUGGUGGUACUUACAGUUAAGCAUUACAGAGCAGCAACACCUUUUCUUCAGAAACAAUUGUCUCGGGAUACGCCUGAGUCAGAUAACGACAAUGAUGCUACAUGCACUGAAUUGAAGCAAGAUGAAGGUUGGCGUUCAGCUCAAAUGAAUAAUAAUAAUGACAAUUUAAAUGGAGGGUUGACAAAUAACACGUUUAAUAACAACUUUUUUAAUAACUUGAAUAACAACAACAACUCCGAUGAACGACCUGAAUCGCUAUGUUCUGAACCUGAAAUUCGUUGGGUGGACAUUAUAUCUGUCCCUUUAAUGAUGGCUUAUGUGACACGCUAUAUUUAUGGAACUGAUAAAUUAAGAGCGAAUGCUUUUGAGGUUCGUGGUCUUAAUGCAUCUUCGACUGGUGUUAUACAUUUGGAUGAUUUAGCAAUAUUAAGCUCAUGGUUGAAAUACAUCACAGAUAAUGUUGUUGGACUAACAAAUCUUCAGAUGAAAUUAUACAACAGAAAUUUUGCUGUUGAUGAACGGAUAGAGUAUAUGGGAUGGGUCAAUGAAAGUGUAUUAAAUAGUGCAAUUUCGUGGCAAACUUAUAAGCCACGUUUUCUUGUGAUUAAAGGAACAGAAGUUUUUCUUUUUGAUAACCCACCGAUAAACAUCGUAAUGUUGGGAAAGCCUGCUAUUGCUUACAAAAUUUAUCAAACAAUGUUCCGUGUGGUAAAAGAAUCGGAGACUGUUGACUCCCGACAACAUUGCUUUUUAUUGCAGAGUUCGGGUCAUGAUCCACUUUAUUUGUCGGUUGAAACUCGACAAGAACUUCUUAGAAUUGAAAAUAGUUGGAAUGCUGCUAUUGUUGCGAGUGUUAUUAAGCUGGGGCGCAAAACGUUUGCUGUAUCACAUCAAGGUAGAGGUGGUGGUUUAACUCUUGAUUGGCAAACAGGAUUUUGUCUUGCAGAAGGUGCUGAUCCAACAAUCUUAUGGAAAUACAAAUUUUCUCAAUUACGAGGGUCAAGUGAUGAUGGCAAAUCAAAGCUCAAACUUCAUUUUCAAGAUUUAGAAUCCAGAUCAAUUGAAACAAAGGAGCUUGAAUGCCAAGUACUACAAAGUCUUUUAUUUUGUAUGCAUGCUUUUUUGACAGCAAAAGUUGCAUCUGUAGACCCACAAUUCUUGAAUUCAAUACAACAAACAUGAAAUCAACAUUUCUUUCCAUUUUAAUUUUAAUUUUAAAGAGUUUUUAAAUAUAUAUCGAAAUGUUAUUACAUACAUGAAUAUGAAUGAAUUAUUCCAAUGAUAAGUUGUACAUCCCACCACCAUAUUGUGUUAAAAGUGUUAAUGAACAAUUUUUUAAAACGAUGUGGAAAAUUGUUGACUGGAUUUAUGUAUUUAGAACUUAUUUUGUUAAAGAAAAAGUACAAGACGAGAUCAUUUAUUGUAGAAUAUCUCUUUUUCUGAAGCAAAAAUAGUUAUUAAUAUUUAGUGAGAGUUUAAAUUAUUGAAAAAAACUUCAGAACUCAAAUAUGCUUACAUAAAAGAUAUUUACCAUUCAAAUAUAGAGAAGUUUUAGGUCAUAGAAAAUAGCAACGUGAUGACCAUUUAUCAUAUAUUUAGUAAGGUUACGAAACUUUAUGUUGUUGAAUAAAGUUGAGAUUUCAUUAAUUUUGAAAAACAUAAAUUUACCCAAACUUAAUCCAAAACUGAUCUUGAAACCUUGAAAUCCAAAGACUUUUAAAAUAUUCAGAUUGUAAUGGAAAUUAUGCUUGUCCGCAUAAAAUGUAUGUAAUUUCUUUGUAUCUUUCCGAAAUAUCUAGAAACACUCUAGAAAUUAAUAUUUAUAAUAUUUACUGUGUCAAUUUGAAAGAUAGAUAUUAUGAAUACAUGACAAAAACAAGAAAUAAAAACUUAUGAGUAGCUAAAUAAUACUCAUUCACUAUCAAUUAAUUACAUUUUUUCAUUCUUGUGAAAAAGUCAACUUUCUGAAAAGUGCAUUCUUAUAUAGACACUCAUAAAUAAGAAUAUAUAAUUAUGUUAAUGUAAUCAAAUCAUAUGAAGAGCUAAGUUAAGUUUUAAAAGAAACGCAAAAGUUUCUGAUUAUAAAUGGCACAAAUUUUCAAUAAAUUAUUGAUCACGUUUCAGUUUAAAAUAAAUUAUCUACUAAAUUCUA